AUGGCUAAGAAGGGAAAGAAGAACCAGCAAAACUACUGGGACGAGGAUUUUGAAGAGGAUUCGCCGCAGGCUGAGCAGUUUGGAGAAAGCCCAGCAGAGACGCCAUCUGUGGAAGGCACUCCAGCAGCAGAAGAAGCUGGCGCUGGGGCCAUCGAAGCCGAUUUCAUGUCUACUUUGAAGAAAUCCAAGAAAAAGUCCGACAAGAAAGCUGUCGAGGAGAAGGCAGAGAAUGGCAAUGGUAAGCCAGUGUUGAAGUCCAAGAAGGAGAAGGAGAAGGAAAAGAAGGAGUUAGAAAAGAAGAAGAAGAAAGAAGAAGCAGCCAAGAAGAAGGCUCAGCAGCAGGCUCAGAAGGAGAAGAACAAAGAAUUGAACAAGCAGAAUGCUGAGAAAGUUGCAGCUGAAAAAGAAGCCAAGGCCAGGGCUUCCGAAGAGCCCGCCGAGAUAAAGAAGCCUGCCAAGAAACCUGGGAAGAAAGUUCCAGCUGGUUUGGCCGCUUUGAAACGUCAGUUAGAACUGAAGAAACAAAUGGAAGAGGAAGAACGUUUGGCGAGAGAGGAGGAAGAACGUUUGGAAAGAGAAGAGGAAGAAAGACUGCGGAAAGCUGAAGAGGAACAGGAGGAAGCUAGAAAACUGAAGAGAGAGAAAGAGAAAGCCAAGCGUGACAAACUAAAAGCAGAGGGAAAACUGCUUUCGAAGAAACAAAAAGAGGAAAAAAAACUUUUGGAAAGGAGACGUCAAGCUUUGCUAGCCUCUGGCAAUAUUAAGGUCGCUGCUUUGAGCAAGAAAGGGGACUCAGAAGAGCCCGAGGCACCAAAGCCAAAGAAGGUUGUAUAUGGUAAAAAGAAGAAGAAGAGCGUCAAGGAAGAUGAGACGAGUGAAUCGUCCUCCACUGUCGAAAAAGAACAAAAGCAAGACAAGAUCAAGCAAGCUACAGAAGAAGUUUUGAUCGACGACUGGGAAAACCUGGCUUUAAAUGACGACGAAGGAGAGGAUUUGGCAGCUGAAAUGGACGAAGCCCAUCUCUCAGAGCAAGAAAUUGAAGACGAGCAAACAGACAGCGAAACUGAGGAGGAAAGCACCUCUCCAGAAGCUUCUCAGGCUCGUGAGGCAGUCAAGGUUCAACAAGCCAUGCCAGUUGCUACUUCUUCGAGUGUGAACAAAAAGGAUUUGCGUUCCCCAAUUUGUUGCAUCUUGGGCCACGUCGAUACUGGUAAAACCAAAUUGCUGGACAAGAUUAGACAGACCAAUGUGCAAGGUGGUGAAGCAGGUGGUAUUACUCAACAAAUUGGUGCUACUUAUUUCCCAAUUGAAGCCAUUAAAAAUAAAACCAAGGUCAUGACCAAAUACGAGAAACAGACUUUUGACGUUCCUGGUCUUUUGAUCAUCGAUACACCAGGUCACGAAUCUUUCUCGAACUUGCGUUCCAGAGGUUCUUCCCUUUGUAACAUCGCUAUUUUGGUCAUCGAUAUUAUGCACGGUUUGGAACAACAAACUCUGGAAUCGAUCAGAUUGUUAAGAGACAGAAAAGCGCCAUUUGUGGUUGCCUUGAAUAAAAUUGACAGGUUGUAUGACUGGAACUCAACUCCUAAUAAUUCUUUCAGAGAUUCCUUUGAACAGCAAUCGAGAGCUGUCAAAGAUGAGUUCGAAACCAGAUUGGAAAAUAUUAAGGUGGCGUUAGCGGAGCAAGGUUUGAACUCCGAACUUUACUUCCAAAAUAAAAACAUGUCUAAGUACGUGUCAAUUAUUCCAACUUCUGCUGUCACCGGUGAGGGUGUUCCCGAUUUGUUAUGGCUAUUGCUAGAAUUGACUCAAAAGAGGAUGUCCAAGCAGCUAAUGUACUUAUCCCACGUCGAAGCCACUAUUCUUGAGGUCAAGGUUGUCGAAGGUUUCGGAACCACAAUUGAUGUCAUUCUAUCCAAUGGUUAUCUAAGAGAAGGUGAUCGAAUUGUUUUGUGUGGUAUGAACGGCCCCAUUGUUACAAACAUCAGAGCUUUACUGACCCCACAACCAUUACGUGAACUGCGUUUGAAAUCUGAGUAUAUCCAUCACAAAGAAGUCAAAGCUGCACUUGGUGUCAAGAUUGCUGCCAACGAUUUGGAAAAGGCAGUUUCCGGUUCUAGGUUACUGGUCGUUGGUCCUGAAGAUGACGAGGAAGAACUAAUGGACGACGUCAUGGACGAUUUAACCGGACUGUUGGAUUCAGUCGAUACAUCUGGUAGAGGUGUCGUUGUGCAAGCUUCGACUCUAGGUUCUCUAGAGGCUCUUCUGGACUUUUUGAAGGACAUGAAAAUCCCAGUUAUGUCUAUUGGAUUGGGUCCUGUGUACAAACGUGAUGUGAUGAAGGCAGGUGCAAUGCUUGAAAAGGCGCCAGAAUAUGCUGUUAUGUUGUGUUUCGAUGUGAAGGUGGAUAAGGAAGCUGAACAGUAUGCUGAACAAGAGCACAUCAAGAUCUUCAAUGCUGAUAUUAUCUAUCAUUUGUUCGAUUCUUUCACUGCUUAUCAAGAAAAACUCUUGGAAGAACGUCGGAAGAACUUUCUGGAAUAUGCGAUCUUCCCUUGUGCACUACAGACUUUACAGAUCAUUAAUAAGCGUUCUCCUAUGAUUAUUGGUGUUGAUGUCAUUGAUGGCGUGCUUCGCAUAGGUACACCAAUCUGUGCUGUAAGAAGCGACCCAACAACCAAAGAAAAGCAGAUUUUACUCCUUGGUAAGGUUACUUCUCUAGAAAUCAAUCACCAACCAGUCACCGAGGUGAAGAAGGGUCAAACAGCAGCUGGUGUUGCCAUGCGUCUGGAUGAUCCGUCUGGUCAACAGCCUAUUUGGGGUCGUCAUGUUGAUGAAACCGAUACACUUUACUCAAUGAUCUCCAGAAGGUCUAUAGACACUUUGAAAGAUAAAGCUUUCAGAGAUCAAGUUUCCAGAUCCGACUGGCUCUUGAUCAAAAAGAUGAAGCCUGUUUUUGGCAUCGAAUGA